GAGUGUGCUCCUGCCAUCUGUUUCUGUUCAAUCCAGCUCUCAUCCAAGCAUCAAUUGCAGUGUCAGUUCAAUUGAGAUACGGAGGACGCCAUGCUUCCCCAACAGACCCUCGUGACCCUCCUUGGAGGCAUCUCCCUGGCCCUUGCCAAAACUGCUACGAAGGAAUUGCCUUCUCGUGCGGAGAUCGAAGCUGCACAGGCUACAGUGCUGCCUCACUCCCCCGUCUCCAAUGUCAAGGGUCUAUCAUUCAAUCGCUUUGUUAACAUCUGGUUGGAGAACACCGACUUCGAAGAUGCAGCCAACGACCCUAGCCUAUCCAAGCUGGCCGAGAAGGGUCUCCUCCUGAGCAACUACUGGGCCAUCACCCACCCCUCCGAGCCCAACUACUGCGCCUCAGCCGGCGGAGACACCUUUGGCAUGGACAACGACGACUUCAACCAGAUCCCGUCCAACGUGUCCACCAUCGCCGACAUGCUCGACGUCAAGAACAUCGCCUGGGGCGAGUACCAAGAGCACAUGCCCUACCCGGGGUACCAGGGGUACCGAUACCCGGAGACGGGAGCGAACGACUACGUGCGCAAGCACAACCCCAAGAUCCUCUUCAACUCGGUGACGGAGGACGCGACGCGUCUGCGGCAGAUCAAGAACUUCACCACCUUCUACGAAGACCUCGAGAGCCACCGCCUCCCGCAGUACAGCUUCAUCACGCCGAACAUGACCAACGACGCACACGACACCAACAUCACCUUCGCCGGCUCCUGGACCUACCGCUUCCUCGCCGAGCUGCUCGAAAACGACUACUUCACCAAAGACACCCUCAUCCUGCUCACCUUCGACGAGAACGACACCUACGAGAUCGGGAACAAGAUCUACAGCUUUUUGCUGGGUGGCGCCGUCCCGGAACACCUCCGCGGCAAACAGGACGACACCUUCUACACCCACUACUCUAUUAUUGCGUCGCUGUCUGCCAACUGGGGUCUCCCCUCCCUGGGUCGCUGGGACUGUGGUGCUAAUCUGCUCAGCUUCCUGGCUGAAAAGGUUGGGUACAAGAACUAUGAGGUUGAGACGAGCAAUCUGUAUCUCAAUGAGACUCAUCCCGGACCCAUGGCCAGUGACAACUAUUCGCCCAAGUGGCCUGUUCCGUUGACGCAGGGACGCUGCUCCGGUGGCCACGGGAUCCUGAAUGUUGUUCAGAAGACGUGGAAGAACCUUACUGCCACGUUUAACUAUACAAGCCCUGUUCCGUAUGACGCGGUCAGCGGGAACAACGUUGGAGUUAAGUACAGCCGAGAACUGAACGGCACGAUCGAGACUCACAUCACGCAAUAGAAUGAUGUAUUCUCACGCAAUCCCCGCGAAAAUGUCUAGAUACGGGAUGAUGGAAACGAUACUCCUAUAGUAAUACUACGCAUAGUUGAAGAUGAAAUGAAUAAAAGCUUUCGUUCAUGACUCACUCACAUUACAGACUAUCUUUACCGAAGAACGGUAGAGAAACAGAAAGAUAACGCAAGUCAAUCAUCACCGUGGGCACAUGUACAUACACAGCAGUGAUUCGUAGGAUAUUGGACAAAAGGAAAAUCGCAAAUGAAACAC